AUGCCUGACUUGUUGGCGGCAGGUUUGCCGUUGCCAGUGGAAGCGCAGAGUGCACGGCAGCAAGCUGAUGGUGCAGGUAGUGACAGUGGUUGGAACCAGAAUGAUCCAUUUUCACGGACGGACAAGUGGAUUGGAAAUCCACCUCAGCCAUCCUUUGAGAAGUGGCGUGAUCGUGAAAGUGAAGUGCUCAAUUGGGCGCAGUAUGUGGCGGAUUUGUCAGCAUGGGCGUCCCAAGCAUCUUUGCAGUUUGGGACUGAGAUUCUGCAAGCGUCUAGGAGUGCCACGUUGAUCCAUGCUUUCAUGGAAGGAGUGGACAUUCAGGAGGAUUGGCAUUCUGGCUGGGUUGAGACCAGUCAAGAUGGCUACGGCACAGGCGAGGUGGCAUACUUUGCAGGUUGCCCUUGGGUUCGACUCCACCCUGUAGAAACUCUAGAUCGCAACACUGAUGAGGUUGCGUUGAGUGUGCGCGAGGACGAAGUGUUUUCUCCCACAGGUAUGGAACAGGAACCACGAUUGCCAUUGCCAGGACCUGAGGGUGUGCCCGAGGCAGUUGCCUUCUCCCAUUUUGUGCAUCGCGUUCUCUUCGGCUUGGGAGAGAUUGAGGAGAAGGAACAGGUGGACAUUGUAUUGGAAUCAGAUUCCAGCUCAGCGUUGCAGUUGAUUGGUGCUGUUGAUCUUCCACGUCGUUCCCGGCACAUUGAUAUCAAGUUGACAUGGUUGAAGGAACGUGUUAGUUCCAAUGAGGUGCAACUUCGACAUCGAGCGGGAACGCAGAAUGUGGCAGAUCUUUUCACCAA